CCCCUUCUCCAUGGCUCUUCAGUGCAUAGAUUCAUUUGUUCCCUCAUACUUUGCAAGUCUACCAACGGAACUCUUGAUCAAGAUCAUUCUCGAGCUAGAUUGGCGCUCUGUUCUUCGUCUCCAGCUCGUCAAUGUCGAGUUAAAUGAGGUCAUCAAGACCCAUACAGUAGUGCAAUAUCAUGUCGAGCUUGGCAUCGCUGGCAUGGACGACGGAUCUCCUUUCCCUCACGCGCGUUUCACAACUGACGAGCGUCUGGCGCGCCUCCGCCUAUAUCAAUCACGCUGGAAGUACUUCAGUCACGCCCGUGAACAGACCGUACGCAAGGUAAACGGCGCCAUCUGGGAACUCGCGUCGGGCGUCCUCGCACAGGGCAUCCGCACCGGGUUCAACGAGGUCACAGGUGCACAAGAAACACGCAAACUACUGUUUACAAGGCUUCCAUCAAAUGCGCGUGUCGACUCUAAAAUGCGUGAAUGGACACACGAGGGGUAUGAUUUUUCUAUUCGCGAUUUUACUAUCGAUCCGAAACAAGAUUUGUUGGUGUUGUUGCGCGCGGAGAACGAGAACAUGGGUUUGGCCGAACUGCAUAUAAGGAGCCUUUGGACGAAUGAGAAUCAUCCUGCUGCCAGGCUUGCCGUACUUGUACACAAGCUGUAUGGAGGAACUCGUGCAAAAUCGCAUAGCUUGCAGAUCUGUCACGAUCGGUUUGCCGUACUCCAUAAUGCCGUUGCCGGGAAUGCUCCUGAAAAGCUUGUGGUGUAUAAUUGGAAGAAAGGGGAACUCAUAUUCGAGAUUGAAUUUUGUGGAAUUAUGUCGUUCGCCUUCCUUAGCAGUGGACAUCUUCUAUUCGCCGUGCAGCCUUUCAAUGUCAUGCCAGCCUGUCAUGGAGAUCACCAGCCGCGUUUACUCAUCUGUGAUAUUGAUCAGACUGCCGCUCUCCAUAAAAAUGGUCGUCCCGGAUCGUACAUCGCAAUUUGCGAACUCCAUCUCCCAGAGAUGAAGCAAUAUGCCGACGUUGUCGACACUAUAAUACGCGCCGAACCUGCAUCAGAUCCUUUCUCUGAUCACGCUUCGGACGACUACCCCAGUUUGCUCCCAGCGCCAGCAUUCUCAGUCGCCCCACAUAACCGUCUCUUCGUAAUAACUCUGCGAGUGGAAACCGUGUUCGAUGACAUAGGUGAUCACCGCGCCUCGGAGACUCAAACUUUGGGUCUCUUCGUCCCACUCUCGACGUUCCUUCCCUUCAUGCGCGUGGCAGACACAAACCUCGAACCCGAAAUCAUACGAGCAAACUCCGACAAUGAAGAUAUUUAUUUUGGCGACUUCCAAGCCCGACCUCCGCGGCGUAUCGCUGUGGGGUGGGAGAGCUGGAUGCAAUAUGGUGCACGUGCAAUGCUCGUCCCCGGCGCAGAAAGCAUUUACGUGUGUAAUGUAUUCGGCUCGAGGGGUGUUCAGGCAUUGGAACCGAAGGACGCUAUAGCACCUUUUGCGCCGCGGCACGUUGCUGUGUUUGACUUCAACGCGGAUGCGAUACGGUACGAUCGUGCACUGAAUGGUUGCGAAGAGAAUCGCAAAGGAGAAAGGGUCUCGGAUGGUCCAUUAUUAGGACCGAGGGGAACUGUGCAUGAUUACUUGGAGCCAAGCACACUCCAGGCUUCACAUUGUGGGAUUUUCGAGAACGAUGUGGCAACGAGUUUACCGUAUCGUAAGACGAUUCUCCGUGAAAAGGUGCGCUGUGACGGAGUCAUGCUCACGGAGGAUAACGUUAUAUUCGUCAAUAAAAGGGCACCGAAACAAUACGAAGUUCUGACCUUCUGAGAUAAGGAGCAAAAAUGUACGGUAUAUAUAGCACUAUUUUCUUGUUUGCACACUUUGAAUAUUCGGCAUAACCUCCUUCCCCCACUCAAAUUUGCUUUCUUUCACAUUGGUAUCAUUGUAAAAUGUUUCGGCACAUGGAUGACUCUGGAACUUGUAUUAUCAUAUCAUUGCAACUGUACUAUACAUUAAAAUAUGAAAAAUUGACAU